AUGGCCCCGCACGUCACCAACCCCCUCGCACGCACCCGCAACCGCUCCUCCUCCUCCACCUCCUCCUCCAACUCGUCCUCCGACGACGACGGCUGCACCUCGGACCAGAGCGACGACAUCCCUCCAGAGACCGGAUUCGACCCCUUCCUCGCAGCAACACGCAGAGCCCGCAUCAACUCGUCGGCGUCGUCGACCACGCAGCCCCUCGCAGCAGCCAGCUCGCGGCCCUCGCCAAUCUCGUCCCCCGCAACAUCCAACGACACAAUCCGAUCCGCCAACUCGCAACCAAAACACCAAGGCCAUGUCGGCGACCACGACGACGACAACGCCGCCGACCCAGAAGCCCACCGCUGGACCCAGAUCGACGCCUUCUGGUCCAAGGUCGUCGACGACACCAUGUUCCGCCCAAAGCAGGGCCCCAUCGACCUCUCCUCAAAGGGCAUCACCGUCAUCCUCCCCAAGAUUGCAGACCUCUCGCGCUUCGUCGCACUGCCCCCUCCCCGCUACGAGAGCGACCCGCCCCAACCCGACCCGCACGCCCUCUCGGACAUCGCCCACUCCAAGUCCGGCGGCCUCGUCCGCCACGAGUCCUACCUCGCCCCCUUUAGCUCCCACCACCACAACGACUCGUCCACCCUCGGACAGCGCGCAUUCGCCCGCAGCAAGUCGGCCUUCCAGCCGGGCAUGCGCACCUCGCACUCGUUUUCGCGCACAACCAGCGCAAUGAGCGCCCUCAGCUCCCGCUCCGGCGGCUCAAACGCAGCCGCAUCCAACUCGCCCGCACGCUUCCGCGACCCGCGCGACCGCCAGGCCACCCUCAACCUCUUUCUCGCCCAGAACCGCCUCACCACGCUCCCCAGCGCCAUCUUCCAGCUCGCCAACCUCCGCGUCCUCUCGCUCCGCUUCAACCAGCUCGAGCGCCUGCCCCCCGCCAUCGGCGAGCUCCACAACCUCACCGAGCUCAACAUCGCCAACAACCAGCUCCGCUUCCUCCCGGCAGAGAUCCUUCGCCUCCGCCUCGAGGUCUUCAACUGGUUCCCCAACCCCUUUCUCAAGCCGCCCAGGGACGGCCGCCUCACCGUGAGGCCCCUCCUCAGCAUUAGGGCAAAGCACGCCCGCCACGCCCAGCUGCACCGCCUCGGCAGGCUCGACGAGACGCCCGUCAGGGACCAGGGCGAGACCCCGCCCAACGGCGGCGCCGCCGCAGCCCACGACGACGACUCGGAGAUGGCGAGGAGCGUCGACGACGGCGUGAGCAGCAUCAGCAGCAGCGCUGGCCGCCACUCGCCCGUGUCGCAGGCCUCGUCGACCGACACGCUGGGCGGCAGCGGCGGCGCCGGUGACAUGACUGCGAGCGCGUCGACGCCUCAGCUGCAUCACCAGCACCACCACCAUGCGCACUGGGCCGCGCGGCCACCGUCGUUUUCGCGUUCCAACUCGUCGUCGUCGAGUUCUUUCAUCACCAGCGGCGGCGGCGGCGGCGGCCCGGCCCGGUUCGGCAGCGUCCACUCGUUUGGGCGACAGCCGAGCAGCGUCUUCCAGCGCGGCUUUUCGACAUCGUCGGCCCUCUCGGCCUCGGGGCUGCGUCCGACAUUGUCGCGCUCGCACCUCUACGGCGGCGAGGCUGGAGACGGCGACGGCGCGACGGCGGGACGCGACUGGCCGCUCGACGAGGCGCAGCACAUGUCGGCGCCCGUCUUUUCGCGGGCGGGCGAGACGCGCCUCGAGUGGAUCUCGCACAUUGCCGGCAGAAAGGUGUCGAGGAUGGCCGAGGUCCAAGUCGACCUCGACCUCGACGGCGACGAGGGCACCGCCGACGUGGGGACCGGGAGCGAGUACAGCGGCGACAAGAACCUCAUCCCCAUCCAGUGGCGCGGCUGCUCGAGGGGAUGCCUCGACUUUUUGAUCUAG